UAGAAUAGUGUCUCCCAAUAAUAAUAUUUCCCAGCUCACCCUUGCUUCAUACUGAAGCAUUUUCAGACCCUAUUUCGAUCAAAGAAACGCAAUUCACAGAAUAUGUUAGUGAUUGCUUGUUAUGGAUGUCGUUAUUCCUUAAAGUGAUCAAUUCUCCUUCUCAUCAAACUUCUUCAGCAGGCUUCCAUUCAGGCUCUGAAGCUGAUCUUGCUCUAUAAGUUUUAGCAAACAAGCUUUUGUUCAGGAGUUGAGCCGAUUUUUGAAGCAAAGUCCGGAUUUCGUCUUGAAGCGACAUCUUCCGAGGGUGCACAGAGUUUAGUCCUGCCUUAUCGUAGUGACUUUUUAACUCUAAACGCUGAAUGUCAUGCAUGAGCUAUUUGUGUUUGACAGCAUAUUACUUCUUCUUUAUAGGUACUUGAAUACCCUGAGUUUUAAGAGAUUUAGGAGCUCACACAUUGUCUGAAUGAUCUUUGAGUUGGCUGCCGAACCUGGAUGGAUUGAAUGAAGCCAAUUUCAUGUUGAUACCCAGUCUUUCUGAGACCUUGACUUGGCGAGUCGGAGAUCCUUCACUUAGAAUGUCUUCAGACAAGUUCUCAUCAAGCUGAUUAUAAAUGC